ACCAAUCGGGCAUCGCGAGCAACUCCCGGAAAUCCAGCGUGUGCUGAAGUCACAUGUGCGCUAGCUCACUGCAGAGCGUGAGAGACACGUGUACUCCGGCAACUUUCGUAAAUUAAAGGUACAAUUUCUCUGUGUGUCCUAGAGAAGAUCGGGAUAAGCGCAAGAGCGUGGUUUUGUUCAGCAAGCAACUUUGUAGGUGUCAAGCAUGGGUAGGAAGUUGGAUCCCACCAUUAAGGUGAAAAGAGGACCUGGACGGAAGGCCAGAAAACAGAAGGGAGCAGAAACCGAGCUGUCCAAGUUUUUGGUUGAUGAUGACGGGCCAAAAAAACUUACAAGCAGAGCGAGGAAACGAGCUAUAAAAAGAGCUCAAGUGACUGAAGAACCCAAACAAGAGGAAAAGCCCAAAAAAGGAUUCUCAGAUGAGAAUAGUAAAUGGCUAAAACCAGCGCAGGGGAAGCGAAAGAUUGAACAAUCUGAAGAAGAUGAGGACAGUGACAGCCAAUGGGAAGAAGAUGAUGAUGAAGAUGAAGAGGGCUUUGAUAACAAGGAAAUGGAGGAGAAGGGGGAGGAUGAUGAUGAAGAUAUGGUUGAUGACUAUGGUGCCGAUGAACAAGACAGUGAUGGAGAAGAGCUUCUGCCAAUUGAGAGAGCUGCAAGAAAACAGAAAAAACAACCAAGCAAGAAACCAGAGAGUGAUGACGACGACGAUGAGGAUGAAGAAGAGAAAGAUGAUGAUGAUGAUGAUGAAGAGGAAAAGGAUGAUUUAAAGGAAGAUGAGGAGGAGGAGGAAGAGGAUACUGUACAGGCAAAUAUUGAUGAAACUGAAAAAUUCAUACUCCCAGCUGCAGCGGAUAGAGCGAAGGAGGGUCUUUUACCCAUGGACUUACAGACCAUCCAUCAGAGGAUCAAAGAUAAUGUGGAUGUGCUGUCUCACUUCAGUGAGAAGAGAGAAGAGGGUAAAGAGAGAUCGGAGUAUCUCUCUCUGCUGCGCUCUGACCUCUGCACCUACUACAGCUACAACGAGUUCCUCAUCAGCAAACUCAUGGACCUUUUCCCUGUCUCUGAGCUGAUUGAUUUUCUUGAGGCCAAUGAAAUUCAUAGGCCAGUCACCAUCAGAACCAACACCCUGAAAACCAGAAGAAGAGACUUGGCUCAGGCUCUGAUUAACAGAGGAGUGAACCUGGAUCCAUUGGGGAAAUGGUCCAAAGUGGGGCUGGUUAUCUAUGACUCUUCUGUUCCCGUUGGAGCAACUCCAGAAUAUUUGUCAGGCCAGUACAUGUUGCAAGGUGCAUCAUCUUUUCUGCCUGUAAUGGCGCUUUCGCCCCAGGAGGGGGAGUUAGUGCUAGACAUGAGCUCCGCUCCAGGAGGCAAGACCACUUAUAUGGCUCAGCUAAUGAGGAACACGGGCAUGAUUGUGGCUAAUGACGCAAAUGCAGACAGGCUGAAGAGCGUGGUGGGAAACAUCCAUCGUCUCGGUGUCACUAACGCUGUCAUCUGCAACUAUGACGGCAGACAGUUCCCCAAGGUGAUGGGAGGUUUCGAUAGAGUGCUUUUAGAUGCUCCUUGCUCGGGUACAGGAGUUAUCUCCAAAGAUCCAGGAGUAAAAACCGGCAAGGAUGAGGCUGAUAUUCUUCGCUCGGCUCACCUGCAGAAAGAGCUCAUCCUGUCUGCUAUUGACUCGGUCAAUGCUGAUUCUCCAACUGGCGGAUACCUUGUUUACUGCACAUGCUCUAUUAUGGUAGAGGAGAAUGAGUGGGUGGUGGACUAUGCUUUAAAGAAGAGAAAUGUAAAGCUGGUCUCCACUGGACUAGACUUUGGCAAGGAGGGAUUCAUCAGAUUCAAAGAAAGACGUUUCCAUCCAUCUCUCAAACUGUCUCGCCGAUUCUACCCUCACUCCCACAACAUGGAUGGAUUUUUUGUGGCCAAGCUAAAGAAGCUGUCUAACGCCAUCCCCACCACACCAAGAGAAACAGAAGAUGAAGUAGAAUCUACUAAAACGGAGAUCGCAGCCUCAUCGGAGCAGAUCCAAAAACUAGAAUCUAAGCAACAGAAGCCCGCUUCAACUCCAGAGAAAAGCAACAUGGGCAAGAAGCAGAAAUUAAAACCGAAAAAAUCUGAGACGCCCAUCAUCACAAAGAAAGUUGGAGUG